GAUCCUGGAGAAAAUCGAAAGUCAAGUUACAAACAUAUGCAAACAAUUGGAUGAAAUCGAACCUCAGCCCAGACGCUGCUGCAUUCGGCUUUUCAAAUAAACUGUAUCUCUUUUAGUUCUGGCAAGGCCGAGACCAGCAGCCGGCUCUCCGGAACGAAUAUCCGAAUGAGAACGAGAAGCCUGCCAUCCCUAGGGCUUAACGAGCAGACUUGUAAAUCUCGAAUAUGGCGGAUCCAGGUAGCUGCAUUUGGCUUCGUGCUGCUGGAAGCGGCUGUGCUGUGUCCAAUGCUGGGUGCCUUCGUGUCCUGCCCAAAGGGUCACCGUUUCAAGAUCUGCGCUUCAUGCGGGCAACAAAAUAAGGCUGGUCUUGUCUCCCACGAGCUCACUCUACUGGUUCAUGGAGCUUGCUGUGCUGGUGCAACUAUGGGUGACCAUCAAGCAAGAAAAGAGACAGCACUUUUCAGUGAAGCUGGAAUCGAUGCCGCAAUUCUGGUGAAUGCUUCCAGCUUGCUUCCUUUGUUCUUCUUAAAAGAGCGUCCAGGGUGCAUGGAUGCAGAAGGACCGGACCCAGCGAUCAGUCAACUGACAAGUCUCAAGGACAUCCUGAUCCAGCAAACUUACGGCCCCAUAGCACUAAAUUCAAGAGAGACCUGGAUGCUCGUGCAAAAGAAGAAGAGGAACUCUUCUACGUACGUUGGAACUCAGGCGUUCUCAUACCGGCUCGGUUCCCAAUCUCAACUUGCCGAGGCUUCUGCAAGCCGCCAGCACGGCCCUCCACACCACAGCAUCGCCCUCCACUGGAGAGCUUACCACGAAACGUACCAUCUCCUCAAACUUCCCGGCUCGCCCUAGAAGAUCGACCAUGCACACGUAGUACUUCGCAGCGGGGGCGAUCCCAUAGUUGCUCCUCAUCGACACAAAGCUGCAGUGAGCGUCCUAGAGCCCGGCGUGGCUACACGCCGAGAGGACGCUGACGAAGUUGAUGGAGUUUGGCAUGGUGUCGGAUCCCAUUUGCAUCACUCGGAAGAGCGUGAGAGCUCGCACCGCGUGGCCGUGGCGAUCGUAGGCUCCCACCAUUGCACUCCAGGUUAUCACGUCUUCUCUUCGCAGCUGGAAGAACAGCGUCCAGGCUCCCGUAUUUGCUGUAGAGAUUGAGCACUGCGUUGCCGAGUAGAACGUCCAGCUCCACUCCCCUCUCGCAAAUCCAGCCGUGGACUCGCUUGCCAUCUUUCAAGGAGGAGAUCUCCGUGCAGGCAAUGAUAGCGUUUACGGAAGUGUGGUUGUUCAUCCGGAAUCCUUCUAACUGCAUGUGUGAAUCGAGUACGAUUUUUCCAUGCUGGUACUGUACGUAGAUCGUGAUCAAGGCUUUCCACGACGUCGCAUCCUUGUGA